AGAUGGCUGGUGGAGACGAAAAGAGACCAGGCACCUUAGCUAUCCCAGCGUCUACCUUCUAUAAAAAGAAUACAUUGAAGGUUCUAGCAGCAGUGUUCUAGCAAAGCAUCACUGAAUGGAUCCAGCAGUGACAGUGAUGAGGGAGAUGAGGCACAGGAGGAAGAAUAUGAGUCAAGAGGAAGAUCAUGAUGAGUUUGAGGAAUGUGACAAGGGAUGGUGUGUGUGUGUAUUUAUAAAGUGAUCUGAAUUGACGAAGUGAUUUGAAAGAAAUUGUCUGUUUGAGUGAGUAAUUGGCAGUAAAGAAUGCAAUGCACCCUUUGCCAGUCAGACGACAGGCAGGAAAGACUAGUAAUGAAUGUAAUGUGAUUAAACAGAUAUACUGGGAUGUUAUUUCAUGAUUUGCACAGUAUGUCAACAAAUAUAAUUUAACCAUAAUUAAUAACCAUUGUACAUAACUCCCUGCAGAAGCAGCGUCAACACCCGGAUGACGACGCCACUCCCCCUCUAGCCCUCGGACUCAGACACUCGUGUGACACAUAGCUAGUUGCUCUACUGUCACGUAAAUCCUUCUGUUCACCCAGCAGAGCUGCUACUGCCGCUUUACCUGUUUUUGUUGGAUGGUGUGCGUCUGUGAUAACAUCAUAAACCACACACCUACAAACUCAGAUGUUAUAAUUAAGGUUCAAGACUGUCAAUCUGUUUAUUUGGACUGCAUUUGGAGGAAUAAAUACCCAUCAUUCUGAAGCAGAGAAGUUGCUGCGUUUUCUCUGACCGGAAAACUAGGCCAGUGGUGCACAGCCAGACAACACUCACCCGUACCGUCUAUUACAAGUGGUCCUUCGAGCCGGAUCGUGUUCCCCUGCGCCAUGGCUACUUCUAAGGAGUUUCAGGAUGAACUGCUGACCACAAGUCCCCGCCCCAGCAGGACUCAUCGCGUCCCAUGGCAUCUGGAGAACUUUAUUUUUAGCUAUCCCCCCAAACAGCAUGCACCAAUCACAGCGAUUGACGAACCAGAGGCAAGAAUAGCAGACACUAUAUUAACCAGAGAGGAACUAGACCCACGGUAUUCCACUGUCUUACCUACAUACCCAGAAAGAGAGGAUGUGAGAUUGGAACAAAUGGAAGCUCGUCUCAAGGAUGUAACUAAACUGAUGAGUGAGCUGCACACAGCAAUGGAUAAUGUUAAACGUAUCUCUGCUACACGGGAGCAUGCGUUCGACACAUACUAUCCUCUUUGACAUUCCAGUCUCCCAUGCAUCACGGAUAGUGGAAGAACACUUUUGCACUCCUGUUUUUUGUUUUUGUUUCUAAGAGCCCUGUAAUGUUAAAUUUCUCCUUUGUGAGAUUAAUAAAGUCUAUCUUAUCUUAUCUAACCUCGGCCCAGAGGUUCUCUAGUGGACAUUAGGUACGAGCAUCAACAAGCUCAAGACCUGCAGACGGUUUUGCCACCCACAUCACAGGCAGCUGUCCAAUCAGCCCGGCUUUCCCCUACAGAGUUGCUGCCUGCUGCAACUGUACCUUUUCCAGUCCGCCCAGCUUUCCAGCCACCUGUACGGAUGCCCCUGCCUGCACCACAGCUGUCCCAGCUAAACCAGCCUGUUCAACUAGCCCCUCAACCAGUCACAUCCGUGCCACAGUCUGUUCAAGUUAAAUCACAGUCUCCUCACCUCGUACCACAACAGCCGAGUGUUGCUCCGUAUGCUCAUCAGACAGCUGCUCCGGAGUGGUCAUCACUUAGUUUCUCAACAACCACAUUCAAUCAACCAGGGCUCGGAUCAGCUUAUACAGCCCCUGGGCAACAACCAUCUACAUGGUACAGAGCACCUCAUCCAGACUCACUACCUGGGCAACUCCCUAAAGCUUCACCACCGCUACAGCCCAGGCCUCAGACCGCUGCUUAUCAUCCAUAUCAGGCCCCUGUGUAUCACCAGUCUCCCAUUCCAGGUCAGGGCCUCCCUUCUGACAGUCCUGCUUCCCUCAGCAUGAUGGAAAUGGCCAUCGCAGCAUCCUAUGGCAUACCAAAGCCCAAACCGCAUUCAUUCAGCUCUGGACGGGAAAGUGACUUCAUAAUGCUGAAACGAGGACUGGAUAGCUUGCUUAGCUCACAUAGGCACCUUACUGAGGAGUAUAAAUACCAUAUACUGUUGGAUCACCUCAAGUUGCCUGCAGCCUACCAAGUAGCAAAACGAUAUGUGAACGACCCCAUGCCGUACACCAGUGCUAUGCAUGCUCUGGAGCAACGCUAUGGCCAGCCAAGGCAGCUUGUUCAGGGAGAGCUGAAGGCCAUUCUAGAAGCACCAUUCGUGAAACCAGGCGAUGCACACGCAUUUCAAGAGUUUUCAUCUGCAGUCAACACACUGGUGGGAAUGCUGGGCAACAUGGGCAGACCUGCACAGUUUGAACUGAGAUGCGGCUCCCAUGUGGACACCCUGCUCAAUAAGCUGCCUGGCAAUUACAGAGAUGGCUUCAUUGAGUACUGUCUGAUGAGAGGCAUCAUCUGUAGCGGCAGCGAUCGGACCUAUACUUUGCCUGACCUUGCCAAGUGGUUGGAUAUGAAAGCUCAAGUGCUUAAAGUUUCCAGGCGGGCAGCCGAAUACAACUCCACUGAGUCCAUUCGCAUGGGUUCCCAAGAUAGUAGACCUGCCAGAUCUCAAAGGGUGAAGCCUGCCAAUGUUUACAUCAGUAGCAACACUGCGGCAACCAGGCAUCCCCAGUCCCAUCACCAGCAACCGAAAACUUCUCCUCUUCUCAACCUAAAGGCAUCUCAACCAAUAGGCAAACGCAGAGAGCGUUUUAAGCCCUACUGCCCGUACUGCUCCACUACUCAGGAUCACUACCUCAAUGCUUGCCCCGAGUUUGGGAAGUUAACCAAGGAAGAGAAGACAGCCUGGAUUACAGAUAAAGGGAAAUGCUGGAGAUGUGGACGUGGCCACACACCAGAUAACUGUACUCUGAAAAAACUCUGCUCCACUUGCCAUGAGCAACACUUGGAUGUACUGCAUGACGUUGGUAGUCCCGACAACCCUAGCGUCCUCACAACCAGCACACCAACUAAUGUAGCAUAUUUGGACCAAGCAAGUCACUCAGGCCGUGUACUGCUGAAGGUGGUGCCCGUUCAGCUCCGUAAUGGAAAGCGAACGCUGAAUACUUAUGCUGUGCUAGACGAUGACUCAGAGCGAACCAUAAUACUGGCUGCGGCUGCCCAACAUCUUGGUCUACAUGGAGCGGAGGAGCCGCUGAACCUGAAGACCAUCAGACAAGAUGUGGUGAGACUCAAAGGAAUGACAGUAACAUUGGAGCUGUCAGCCAGUGCUCAUCCACGGGCUCAUCACACCAUCGGUCGAGCAUUCACUGCAGCUGAGCUCCAACUAGCCGAACAGUCUUGCCCCGGCCAGAUACUGAAGAAGAAGUACAGUCAUCUAAGAGACGUUCCCUUACACCACUUCACUAGAGUACAGCCCAUGCUCCUGAUCGGCUCUGAUUAUCCUCACCUGAUAACCCCUAUUCAGCCAGUAGUCUCAAGACCUACAGGAACACCAGUGGCAGUAUGUACGCGACUUGGUUGGGCGGUUCAAGGACCCACUAACUUCCUCCAGCAUCCUUCCCGCGACAGCUCUUGCCUUCAUGUGUCACUGCCUCCCUCUGACCUGCACCAGCACGUUGAACGGCUGUGGCAGCUUGACACUCUGCCAUAUCGUAACGAAAAGGAGGUUACGCGAUCCAAACAAGAUCACCAAGCUCUUGCCAUGCUGGAGGAGAAGAGUACUCGAGUCAACAUAGAUGGAGUGGACAGAUACGCCGCUCCACUCCUCCGAAAGACAUCCGCCGCUCCCUUCCAUGCACCACCUGCCGCAGUGAUGCCUCUUCUCCGAGCAACUGAGCGAAAACUGGAAAACAACUCGGAGCUUGCUAAUGUGUAUAACCAUGAAAUACACAAGCUCGAAGAAUCAGGAUACGUGGUGAAAAUCACCAGCGAAGAAGCAAACAGUUCUCCAGAAUCCUGGUAUAUUCCCCAUCACCUUGUGCACCAUAAUGGGAAGCCGAGGGUGGUGUUUAACUGUUCAUUUCGCCAUCUACAGACUGCACUCAACGACAACCUGUUACCAGGUCCCUCUCUUGGACCACCACUCCUGGGCAUCCUGCUCCGAUUCCGAGAGCACACGGUGGCAAUCAGUGGUGACAUUCAUGGAAUGUUCCACCAGAUCAGGCUCCUCCCACAAGAUCGAUCCCUCCUUCGUUUUCUAUGGCAUGACAUGCAAAGAGACAGAUCUCCUGACAUCUACGAGUGGCAUGUAUUACCAUUCGGAACAGCCUGUAGCCCGUGCUGCGCCAUUUAUGCCCUUCAGCGUCACGUUAGGGACCACCAGAAAGGAAACGAAGAUUUACUGGAACUGGUGCUGUCUUCAUUCUAUGUCGACAACUGUCUCAGAUCAUUCCAUUCACCACAACAGGCCAAGGACGCUCUCAAUAAACUGAGAGCACUCCUCGCCAAGGGAGGAUUUGAGAUCAGACAGUGGGCAUCUAACAAGACAGAGGUGAUCUCACACCUCCCUGAUGAAGCACGGUCAACAACAAAUGAGCUGUGGCUAACUGCAGAAGGUGCUGAUCCACGAGAAUCUACCCUCGGUCUCCGCUGGCAUUGCCCGUUGGACACACUGGGAUACAAGUAUCGGCCCACAUCACCUACUCAGCCCACUAUGCGAAAUGUGUACAGAAAGCUCGCCACGCAGUACGACCCACUCGGCUAUAUAAUCCCCUUUACUACUCGCGCCAAAGUACUAAUCCAAGCCCUGUGGAUUAACCCUUUACGCUUCAGUGCGUCGUAGGUGUACCGCCGGCGGUACACCUACUAAUUUGCAUAGGAAUUUCAAGAAUGUCCGACGGCUGCAAACCCGAUUAUACAAACACUAUACGCCGAUGGAAAGCUUAGAUUCUCAUGAAUCCGCCGGUAUAAACCACUUUCAGAUGCGAUUACCACAGCGGGUGAGAAAAACACAUUUGUCCGACAAAAACAAAUAUUCAUCCAUCCUUUCUCUAUACACGGCUUCAACGCACACAGCGCGACUCACAUUUCCGGGUUUAUUAUUACACACAAAAAAAAGAUUCCACAAAAAACGGCCAUAAUCCAACCUUUUACAUCCAGAUGACACAAGCCAGUAAACUAUUUUGUCCAAAACAUGUCCUGAAGUCAGUAUAAAAUCCACGAAUCGGUCGUUUUUAAGGAAAUGCACCUCGCGAUGUGCGUCCAAUAUUCCCUGUAUUUUUCGUAAUUUUUUUUAUUUAAAAAUAGAAUAUUAGCGAUUUUUUUGUACUGAAAACGGCUGGAAUUGACUGAAGCUUAAAGGGUUAAGGAACACCACUGGGAUGACCCCAUCAUUGAUGAGCUCCUCCCUGCGUGGCAGGACUGGGAAAGCGAACUCCCCCAGUUGCAUCACAUCACACUGCCACGGUGCUACGUACCAGCUGAGGCCGACAACGACACUACGGUGAUGGACAUCCACAUCUUCUGUGACUCAUCAGAAAGAGCUUAUGGAUCCGUAACCUAUCUACGUGCAGAAACUCCUAGUGGACAGGUAUAUGUCUCCUUCAUAAUGGCCAGGUCACGAGUGGCACCCAAGCGUCAGUUGUCGAUGCCCCGACUGGAACUAUGCGCUGCACUCACCAGUGCGCAACUCGCCAAGGUGCUACAGUCUGAGCUGACCCUGCCUAUCCAGUCUGUAGUCAUGUGGACUGACUCCACCACUGUACUGAGCUGGGUACAGUCAGAGUCCCACCAGUACAAGGUAUUUGUAGGGACAAGAGUUGCUGAAAUCCAGGAACUGACCAGUGCUAACUCCUGGAGAUAUGUCCCCUCAGACCAAAACCCUGCAGAUGACAUUACUUGGGGAAGGACUCUUCAUGACCUUGCCCAACCGACUCACUGGAGUCAUGGACCAUCAUUCCUGUAUCAGUCCCCAAAUGCUUGGCCACCGAACCCGGUGACGCAUACUGACAAAACCGAGGAGCUACGGAGCCGGACCUUCUGUGGUACUGUCAGCACCUGUAAUGGUGAUGAGCCUCACCCAGCACAGUAUCACACCUGGACUGAGCUGAUAGACGCCACCUACCGGUUCGAACACGGGGCGACCGCACCUCCCAUGUCUGCCUCAGACUACAUUGGGACAGAAACUGCCCUUUUGAGAAGAUCGCAAGCAGACAGCUUCCCUGAUGCGCUUAAGGCUCUACAACAUGGCAGGCCUGUCCACUCCAGCAGCCGCCUAAGUGCACUCGCUCCGGAAUAUGACCAGCCUUUAGGUCUAAUACGAGUUGGUGGCCGAUUACACCAAGCAGAGAUGCUACCAGAGGACAGUCUUCACCCUAUUGUCCUCAGCCCAGACCACCCUAUCACUCGUCUCUUGGUUAAGGAAUAUGAUAACCGCCUACUUCAUGCUGGCCCUGAACGGAUCUUUGCAGAAAUACGGAGACGUUAUUGGAUCCUCCGUGGCAGGCAGCUGAUCAGAAAACACCAGAGUCACUGCAUUGACUGUUGUAAAAGGUGGAAAACUCCCUUGACUCCUAAGAUGGCUGACUUACCCUCCGCAAGGCUACGCAUCAACAAGCCGCCAUUCUGGUCCACUGGAGUGGAUUGCUUCGGGCCUUACACAGUAAAGAUUGGACGCAGGCAAGAGAAACGCUGGGGAAUCCUAUUCAAAUGCCUCACUACAAGAUGCGUCCACCUGGACCUGCUGCCGAGUAUGGAAGCAGACUCUUUCCUACUAGCUCUACGGCGGUUCGUAGCUAGACGAGGUAAGCCUUACGAACUCCUGUGUGACAGAGGCACCAACUUCCGUGGUGGUGACAGGGAACUCAGAGAAUCCCUGGAAUCUCUUGAGCCAUCACUGCGGCAACAGUUGACGAAGCAAAGCAUAGACUUCAAAUUCAACCCUCCACUUGCACCUCACUUUGGCGGUGUUUGGGAGAGGGAAAUCAAAUCAGUCAAGACCUCACUCCAAGUCGUGCUGCAGGGCCAGAUCGUGGCUGAAGAGGUGUUAAUGACAGUCCUCAUCGAGUUGGAGGGCAUACUGAACUCUAAACCACUUGGAUACGCCUCUUCAGACCUGGCAGACCCCGACCCGAUAACGCCCAACCUGCUGCUGAUGGGGCGGCGAGAUGCAUCUCUCCCCCAGGCAGCCUAUGGUUCCAGUGACCUCGUCGGACGGCGCCGCUGGCGCCACAGUCAGGUGCUGGCCGACCAGUUCUGGAGUCAUUUCACUCGGCAGUAUCUUCCCAAUCUUCAACCCCGCCAGAAAUGGCGGACCUCCACUGGGGACCUUGCAGUAGGACAAGUGGUACUAGUCGUUGACCCACAGCUUCCCCGCGCACUCUGGCCAAUCGGGAAGGUCUCAGGCGUACAUCCCAGCGGUGACGGAAGGAUUCGGUCUGCAGAUAUUGACAUUAAAGGGACUGUUUACACUCGUCCCGUCACCAAACUGAUACUGCUUCCUAAAGUGUCUGAUGACGAGGACAACACUCCUUGACAUGGCAGGGACUUUCGGGACUGUCUAAUCACAUUCAUUCUGAAAUGAAUGUGGGGGCGGCUGUACAUAACUCCCUGCAGAAGCAGCGUCAACACCCGGAUGACGACGCCACUCCCCCUCUAGCCCUCGGACUCAGACACUCGUGUGACACAUAGCUAGUUGCUCUACUGUCACGUAAAUCCUUCUGUUCACCCAGCAGAGCUGCUACUGCCGCUUUACCUGUUUUUGUUGGAUGGUGUGCGUCUGUGAUAACGUCAGCUGUCCGGGAUCCCUGCCGUCCUCCUUCCCCUCCGGCUCUCCCCAGCCCAGUCAUCGUCGGUUUUUCCCUGCCUGGACCUCCCCACUCCUGCCUGGACCCCCAUUCCUGCCUGGACCCCUUCUACCCCUGCCUGGACCCCCCGUUUCUGGCCAAGACCCCCCACUACACCAGCCGCUCCCGUACCCUGGAUUUCCCCCCCAUCGAGCCACCAUUUCACCUCCAACAAUAAACACUAUCAUUCCAGCCAGCCUUGGUAGUGUGGCUCUCUGCUUGGGUCCACCCGCUCGUCCCUGACAACCGUAGAGCACCCCUCCCUAAUGAAAAUUAGAUGCUUACCAGGAAGUAUCAGGCAAGGACUUGCACAAGCAGUGAGGAUUGAUUCAGUGUCAGCUGUGGAGGCAUACAUCUGUAAGGAACAAAGACAUCCAUAUUAUAAUUAAAUAUAAUAAGGACCCCCUUGAAAAUGGGAUGGCACAUCUCUGUCGUUUGAAAAUAAAGUCACUUUUUUUAAAGGUGAAAAAUAAACAAGAAUCAAGAAACAAUGAGAAAGAAUAACCUGGAGAUAAAAUAAGUUGCUUUUUGAAAUAUCCUCAGUCCACUGUGAAUAAACAGAUAUGGCAUUCAGUAUAUAGAAAAAGAUUGUAAGCUUGCAUGUGAGGAAGGAGCAGCCCUGUAAGCUUCUCUCUGAAGGGUGCCAUGAGCAGCUCAGCAAUGAGAAGAGCCAUCUCUGCAUCUUCACUAGUGGAGAGGACAUUAUUGUAACCUGGCAAAAGCGUUACUUAAGCUUUAGUUACCAGCGGCCUGACCAGAAAGUUCGAAAAACUAUUUUAUUUUAUUUUAUUACAAUUUAAAAAAGCAAAAAUAGUUGGCUUCAUUGUAAAGACAAAUUGAUCUGAGACAAACUAGAUUUUUACAUUUCAGACGUCAUCUCCCAGACGACAUAAGGUGCAAUAGUGCUUGGGGUUCACUUAACUAAUCUCAGAACCCAUCACAGUGGACUGGAGCAGAUUACAUGCUCCACUCCGAUGGCAACUAUCAACACAAAUCACACAAUAAAUCAUAACAUGACCACAAGAAAGGAAAAUGCAAAAAUAAACUAGAAAAGCACUCGGAGAGCGCAGACCUCCGCCAGGCCAUCUGUUUGUCUGUCUGUUUGUCUGUUUGUUUGUGUGUCUGUCUGUCUGUUUGUAUGUUAACAGCAUAACUCAAAAAGUCAUGGACAGAUUUUAACCAAAUUUUUACAGAAUGUCCGGAAGAGCAAAAGUAACAAUCGAUUAGAUUUUGGAGGUGAUCCGGAUCACCGUCUGGAUCCAGGAUUUUUUUGAAGGACUCUGUACAAUUGAGAGAUGGCCGCCAGGCCAUGUUACUUUUGUUCCACGUGUAGACAGAGAUUUUUGUGGAAAACGGAGACGUGUGGCAGCAGAUUUUUUGUAAGCGGAGGGGGGCGGAUAUUCGGUUUUAAAUAUAUCCGAAUACGUGUGGAGGUUGGUGUGGACAUGGCCCAAGUCUCACCUGCCUGCCUGAGAGCCUGUGUAGACCAACUGUCACCUGUCUUCACUCAGAUCUUCAACAGAUCACUGGAGCAGCGUGAGGUUCCUUCCUGAUUCAUACACUCCACCAACAUCUUACCAGUCCCCAAGAAACCUAAGUCAAUCAAUCACCGUCUGGUUCAGUUCUGCCACCAAAUCAGAAAUGAUGAGACUGCAUUGGACAAUCACUUACAGGCCCUGAAGUAGGCCUCUUGUUUUUUGUUUUUUGUUUUUUUAGCAACUUCAUAAUUCCUUGGGUGAGGCCCAACUUCUAGUACUCUGCUUCUCUUAAAACUGGUAUUGAUGAAGAAGGCUCUGUUAAAUACAAUAAUACAUCAUCAGCGUACAGUGAUAUUUUAUGGGUUUCUUUAUCUAUUUGUACACCCUUGAUGUUGUCAUUAUCCCUUAUGAGCUGCGCCAAUGGCUCAAUACUGAUGGCAAAAAGUAAAGGAGACAGAGAGCAGCCUUGCUUACAUCCCCGUUCUAGUUUGAAUGUCUGGGAUCGGUGUCCAUUAACUUUGACUGAUGCCUGUGGGAAUGAUCAAUCAAUCAAAUGAUCAAUCGAUGAUUAUAGUGUUUUUACCCAUUUUUGAAAGUUGGGUCCAAAGUUAAACCGUUGUAAUGUUUGUAAUAGAUAUUGCCAUGAAACUCGGUCAAAUGCUUUUUGUGCAUCUAGCGAUACAAUUGCCGAUUCUAAUUUUGAGUCCUUCAAAUAAGAGAUGAUGUUUAAUAAUCGCCGUAUAUUGUUUCCAUAGUAAUGGCCAGAAAUGAAACCCGUCUGAUCAGGAUGAAUAAUAUGGGUGAUUAUUUUAUUUACCCUUCUGGCCAGAACAGCUGUCAGAAUACUUAAGUUGAGAUAACAUCUUUGAUUUCUGAUUCUUCUAGUGUCUUGUCUAGCUCCUCCACAGAGGAAGCUGUUAAUUCUGGUAAUUUAAUAUAUCUCAAAUAAUCUGCUAUAUCCGCGUUAUCUUUACAUGUAUCUGUAUUUUUGUAUAAUCAUUUGUAAUAGUCUGCAAAGGAGUUUGCAAUAUCCUUAGGUUUUGUAACAAAUGUAGACUGUUGUUUCCUAACCCUAUAUGCCAACAAUUUGCUAGCCCUAUUUCCAUCUUCGUAAUAUUUUUGAUUUGUAAAUCUUAAAUUUCCUUCCAUUUUUCCAGACAUCAGGCUGUUUAACUCUCUCCAGGUUGCAUUUAACUCUCUUGUAAUUACAGUUGUUGCAUGUUGUUUAUGCAUCUGUUCUAAGUAUUUUAUUCUAUUCUCCAAUUCCUGCUAUUUUGCAAUUCUCUCUUUUUUCUUUGCUGAUGCGUAUGAUAUUAUACAGCCCCGUAAGUAUGCUUUGGCGCAGUCCCAUAGCAUCAAGGGAUUUGUUUCUGGUGUGCUAUUGUGACAUAGAUAAUCUUUAAAUUCUGUCCUGAUGAAUGAUAAAAAGUUAUUGUCAUUUAGAAGGGAUGCAUUAAACCUCCACUGUUUUGUUGUUGGUCUAUAUCCUACUUUCCAUUGUAAUAAGAUGGGUGUAUGAUCAGAUAAGGUAAUAGGCAUAAUCUCAAUGUCUACUAUUCGGUGCAAGUCUGUUUUUGGCAUAAAAAAAUAAUCUAUUCUAGAAUAAGAUGCGUGACUAUUGGAAUAAAAGGUGAAGUCCCUUCGUCUUGGAAACUUGCUUCUCCAUAUAUCCACCAGCCUGCUUUCUACAGCAUGAUGUUUAAGGGCUUUACUCAUUUUGGUUAUGGGUGUUUUAGACGGUGGUUGUCUAUCUAGCAGCUGUGACAUGACACAAUUAAAAUCCCCUCCCAGUAAUAACAAGCCAGUACUAUACUGUAGAAUGAUGUUAAACAGUGUCUUUAUAAAAUCUGGCAUAUCCUCAUUUGGUGUGUAUACAUCAAUAAGGGAUAUUUCUACUCCAUCUAUUAUUCCAUUAACCAGUAAGAUUCUUCCUUCGGCAUCCUUGUGGAUUAAUGUUUUAACAAAGUUUAUCUGCCUAUGAAUGAGUAUAGAAACACCUCUUUUUCUACCAGAUGAGUGUGAGGAGUAAUAUAUUUUAUCUGCCCAUGACUUCAGCUUCUCAUGUUCUGCGUCUGACAAGUGAGUUUCUUGUAGGAAGGCAAUUUGGCAUUUAUUUUGUUUUAGUUGAUGUAAUAUUUUCUUUCUCUUUAUUGGAUUAUGUAGGCCCUUUACAUUAUAGCUUAUCACUCUCAGCGUAUCCAUUGAGUACUAACUUGUGAUUGCUGUUUAAUUAUUAGGAUAUUGGAUUAUGUAAUUUCAGUGAUAUGUAUAAAGUUGCAAUCAAAGAGUGAAAAUAAAAACAAAAACCCUGCUAUUAUAACAUUCAACUCAGGAUCCCCGGGGAACAGGGAAUCAAAACAAGCGCACCAAACAUAAAACUAGCAUAUAAACCUAGAGAAGGCAUUGAUGACAUAGGAGCAACUGCCCUAGCCACUAAUAAGUAUCAAAGGUGCACUGUCUAGAUCGAAGUGACUGUGCACAAAUCGCUAACCUCCACGAAGGAUCAAAGAGUGAACAGAAUCAAACCAGGCUCCCGCAGAGAAAUAAAAGAAACAUUUUUUUACCUGAAUUAACAGCUCUUCGCAAAGUCCUUUGUAUCAUAGUCCACAUCAUUUAAGAAGCGAUCAAAAGGAAAAAAGAAAAAUAGUUGGGCUUCAAGGGGAAAUAUAAUAAAGUUGGAAAACAGAAAAAAAAGAAGAAACAAGAAGUAAUUUCACAUUGUCUCUCAGAUGGCUCUCCACUGACAAGUCUUUAUAGGCGCCUUUUGCUAACCCAAGUGAGUUCAACCUUCUUGCGGUUCUUCCCCAGUUGGUGGUAGUAUGCUCCUGGCAUAAAGCAUAGCCUUAUGAUGAUCAACAAACUCUUUCGUCUCCUCCUUGUAUGUGAUCCGAAAGCGAGCCGGGUAAGACAAGCCAUAGCGAAUGCCUUCAUGACCUUUCAGGAUUUUCCGCACAUCCGUAAAUGCAACACUGGCUUUUGCUACGUUAGCAGUGUAGUCUGGAAAUAUGGAAAUGCGUUGUCCAUUGUAAUACAGCGGGGAAUUGUCAUGGGAUUUCCUCAAAAUCUCUGUGACAUCCUCGUCGUAAUGGAGUUUGGCGAUUAUCAUCCUAGGUUUCUCUCGGUUUCUCGGGCUCCCCUGAGUGAGCACCCGGUGUGAUCGGUCCACCUUGAUUUCGCGGUCGAGGUUUAGCAUUGUUUUUAAGGCCUGUGCCACAGCCGUGGGAGAGCUGGAGUUGGGCUGCUCUGCUAUUCCAGCAAUCCUUAUGUUGCAGCGUCCCAUUCUGCCCUCCAUGUCAUCGCAUUUGUCUUUCAGCAUGACCAUUUCCUUUUGUAGGCUCGAAACUGUGUCACGUAGAGAAGUUACCUCAUCUGACCAUGUUGAUAAUCCGCUGUUAACUCCUUGUAUAUCGGCCCUCAUCUGCUCCAUAUCUUCAUGUACCGUUUUGGUGUCUUUAGCGAGCUCGGAUUUGAGGCCUUGUAUUUCCGACUGGAGUGCGCUGAAAUCCUCAGCUAUUGCCAUUUUGAGUUCUUCCCGGACUAUUUCUUUAAAGUCCGCUCUCAGUGUUGGCAAAAUCUCCGCAUUAAGACUGUCAGCUGUCAUACCUGGGCUCUCGCUUGGGGCAGGUGGUAAGUGUUUAUCCACGCCGCUGUCCAGAGCUGGCUUUGCGGUGUUUCUUGUGUUAGGUCUCGGCCUAGCAGUAUUAGCUUCAUUGCUAGUGCUACCACAAUACUUGAAUUUCUGUAGUUUUUCCGCCAUUUAACUUCACAGAACCAGGUGCGGAGAGUAUAACAGCUGAAUCUUCAGGUCCCGGUAAUCCCCAAAAAAGGGUUUAGCUGUUAUAUUGUAAUUAUUUUACGGAUUCUGCAGGAGCCCUGAUAAGUGCGUCUUAUUUCAUGACGUGCUCGCGAGCGCCCCCGCAUAAAAACUUUUUGAAAAUUUCUGUAAUAAUUAAAUGAAGAAGGAAAAGAAGGUCCACUGUUGGAUGGGAUGUUCACACUCCUGCAUGUGUGUGUGUGUGUGUGUGUGUGUGUGUGUGUGUGUGUGUGUGUGGGCGGGUAAUUAUAGGGGUUGUGGGGACCUAAUGUCCUCACAACCAUAGGAAAACCAAAAGAAAUGUCAUUUGUGGGGACCUCAUUUGGGUCCCCAUGAGGGGAAACAGUGUUUUCUUGGCCAUGUUGUUGUUACUGAAAAAAGUAAAAGUGCAGAAACGUUUCUUUAGGGUUAGGCAUUGUUUUGGUCUGGGUUAAGGUUAGGGUUAGGGUAAGGGUUAGGGGUUAGAUAUGAAUGGGAGUCAAUGGUAUGUCCCCACAAUGAUAGAAAAACAUAGUGUGUGUGUGUGUGUGUGUGUGUGUGUGUGUGUGUGUGUGUGUGUGUGUGUGUGUGUGUGUGUCAGGACAGAAGAGGAUAUUUGCCGAUCAGUGAUUCAACUAAGAGAUGUGUCACCAUCAUAUUUAAUGGAAUAAGCCUGGACAUUUCAAGAUCCUAAGAGAGUUACUGUUUCUUAACCUUUCUUUUAGUUACAUUUUUUAAUUAACUUGUAAAUGGAAGCUGGAUUAUCAACUUAAGUCUCAGGUGUUUUUUUGAGGCAGAUCAAAAUUGUAAACUUCAACAUAGUUUGAGAUGAAAUGGUAUAUUUCACGGGUCACUUAUAGAAUCAGUAUGUUCAAAUGUAACUGGAUUUAAUGUUUUUGUACUGAUAUACUAAGGUUCAACUUCAUAUUACAACCAUUUUCCAACUUUUAUAUCUGUUUAAAUGAUAUUCAGAGGCAAAUGGAAUGAAUAUUUUUAAGGAAAAAGAAAAGCAUUACAUUUUGCUAAUGUUUUGUAUUCUACUCAACUCUGCUCAUAAUAGCAAUAUUUAUCACAUAACCCCUGCCAGAAAUCAGAAUUAUAAAACAGUACCACAAAAAAGCACAACUACAAGAUGUUCAGUGAACUCAAGUCAGUGUUUAUUUAAGGAGGGACUUCCUGUCAGUUAAGGCGAAAGGCAGGGAGGAAGAAGGUUCUUGUGUCACAUGGGUGAAAUACUAGACAGUAGCAUUUUGUUCAGAGGAUGCAGAAAGGGGAGAGAGGAGAAAAGCUAGAGAAAAUGUAAUACAGACUAUUAGUUCAAAUUUUCCUGGUUUCUCUGUCAAAGACUGUUAAAAACUUUGUCAUAAGAUGGACAACGGAAGAGUCUAAGAAUACAGAAAUUUUGUUUUACACAGAGACAUCUGGUUCUGCUUAGAUAAAAACUUCUGUCAGUUAGGGGAGGGGUCGCAUCUGGUUCAGAGGAUGCAGGGAGGGGGAGGCAGGGAAGAAGAGGGUUCUUGUGUUCACAUGGGUGAAAUAGUGGACAGCAGCAUUUUUGGUUCAGAAGAUGCAGGAAGGGGAGAGAGGAGAAAAGCUAAUACAGAAUAUUUGUUCAAACUUUGUCAUAGGAGGGACAACAGAAGAGUCGAUAAGAAUGCAGAAAUUUUGUUUUACAUGGAGACAUCUGGUUCUGCUAAGAUUAAAACUUCUGUCAGUUAGUGAGGGGUCGCAUCUGGUCCCGAUUAGAUAAGCCGCUGAAAGUUAGGGGCAGAUAGGGAGGGACUUCCGGAUGUGACGUUGGGGUCAACUAGGGCGGGACUUCGGUGAAAACAGCCGUUAGGGGCAUGAUGGGGGGUGUGGUGGGGCGGGACUUCCGGUAGAGUUGCUGUCAAAAUUUGACAAAAGGUGGUUUAUAACAUCUCUGACCUGCUGCGUACAAACAUGAGCAAAAUCUUGAGAUUUUAACUGACAACACAAAACGUUACAUUGUCUUUUAUACUGAUGCAAAUUCCUUCAAAACGCACCUCAUCCGUUCUGGAAAGCCACAGCCCAUCGUCUCAAGACCCAGUCAGGAUGCCCAUGAAGUAAUUGUAUUCAAUGUUGGACCCCCUCGUCUCUUUUAUUUCUGCUAGGUUGGCAUUAUUUCUGCUUAGCUCAGCGUGCCCUAGGUUUCAACUCAUGAGUGUAGAUGUAGAGAGGACAUGAACUUACUGUCUCAGGCUUUAUAUGGGCUCCACAGGCUUCAGUCGGGUUGCUGCUUUCCACCAUAGACUGGACGUAGCAUCUGGCUCCAGAAUUGAAGCCAACCCGGAAGUGUCAAAAACUUGCAAUAUCACGCCGUCCGCUAGGGUUGGCUCCAAAAAGCUUUUUCUCUGUAGACCCCAAUUCAUUUUUGGAAAAAGUAAAAUUUGAUAGACUGAUUUUCUACAGCUCAGGAUUUUUUUUCCUGUUAGUUUUCAUGGUCAAAAUGAGAGAUCAGGUGGCCGAUCUUAAAAUAAAUCAAUACUGAAUUUUAAAUAAAUUGUUAAAGUUGGCGGAGCCAGGGGGCGUGGCUAUACUUGAUGGACAGCAACAGAAGCCUCUGCAGUAAAACGUAGGCGGGAUAAGAGAGUCUUCAGCCAAUCCUGCCCCUAGUUGCUCUCCGGUCUGUUUGAUGAUGCUUUUUACGUCACUGGCUCCAAAAAAUCCAAAACGGCGACCAGGAAGUAGCAAAAUCCGGGCUUCAUUUUCUCGGCGUUGAAACCAACAGGUGACGUCACGGUUAGUUUACGCCUGCUUUCCACAGGAUUAUUCAGUGAUACUCAUAACUUCAGCUGACAUCUUAAGUCUUCAAAUAUUAUCAUUAUUUGCACUUAAAUUUGUUUCACACAUCCCAUUUGUCUAAUUUUGUCAUUUGUUCAAUCUUAAAAUGCCACAACAGCUGUCCUCCAGCCGGCACUUCGGGACUCUGAACAUCAGAGCAGCUUCUUCCUUCAUGAACAAUAAAACAGAAAAUCAUUAAGGGCUUAUGUCACUACCAGUGCAAAAUCCUAUACAUAUACUGUAUUCAAGCUCAUGUGCAAUACCUUUAUGCGCAAUAUUGUAAUUUAAAUAACAUUCUAAUUUAUUACCCUGGUUUAAGCAAAAGUAAGUCUUUUUUUUACACAGUACUUUGUUUACACUCACUUUUGCACAGUAUUUCUUAUAUUUGUAGCGUUUCUUAAUUAGAAUUCUCAGAUUUAGAUUUGUUUAUUCUUUUACUGUCUGUUGUUGCUGUCAGGUACUGCUCUCUAUACACCAAAUCAAAUUCCUUCUUUGUACCCACUGGGCAACAAAGGAUUUUCUGAUUCUGAUUAGCAGCGAUGAACACCCCAAGAAAAUACUGAAGAUGCUGAGCUGUGCACCGUCUUUCAUGCUGUGAGCGUUGGUCAUUUUUCCAUCCCUAUAGGGCGUAUGAAAGGAGUGACAAUUUUGAAACCAUUAUACUUCUCUAAAUCUGUUAGUCAGAUCAUGACGUCAUGCUAUCAUAUUUCCCGUGAGGUCCCACUUUACAGAGGACAUGUGCAUCAGGUAAUCAUUAGGUCAUGUCUUACAGAGAACAUGCCCAGACAUGUUCAACCAUUGCCUCAGUCUCCUGUACACUUAUCCCUGUUAUUUUGUGACAGAUUUCAUGUAUAUUAUACCAUUAUGUAUUGUUAAAUUUCUAAUAUAAAGUUACAAUACCUUAAAUUUACACCAUUAUGUUUUGAGUAAUCCACAGAUCAUUUUCUACAAAGCAUGUGUCUUGACACCAAAGUUAGAGGUUUUACUUUAUGAUCUUCCAGCUGUGUGUGUGUGUGUGUGUGUGUGUGUGUGUGUGUGUGUGUGUGUGUGUGUGUGUGUGUGUGUGUGUGUGUGUCCUCCAGAGACACAAACCAUACCAUCACAACAUCAGUCAUUACUAGAAUAUUCAUCUUUAUGUAUUUUAUACACGUUUUAACUCUAGUCUUCAGUCUAAUUGCAUUCUACCACAAUUAUAUCAUCUAUUACUUUUUAGCACAUUGUACCCCAAAAAUAUUACACUACAAAACCUAAAACCAAGAAUUUGGGAUCUGGAAUCUGGAAUCUAAAACCUAGAACCUCAAACCUAAAACCUAAAAAUGUAAAACCUGAAACCUGAAACCUGAAACCUAAAAUGUAAAACCUGGAACCUUAAACCUAAAACUUGAAACCUAAAAUCUAAAACCUGAAACCUAAACCUUGAAACCUGGAGUGUAAAAAAUGGAAUUUGAAACCUAAAACAUGGAACUGUUGAGCAUGAUGUUUUUUGAGAUAGAAGACAAACCUUUUCUCUCCAAUUAAGCUGUUUAUUUUCUAAAUAUCAAUGUCUCCAAAGAGUCUUAUACAAAGACUUUGUCUGGUUGGAACAACCUCCCAGAAAAGGAUAAAGUCUGAUAUGAACAGAACAUUUUAUAAGGUAUGGUGAAACACAAACAUAUAAUUGAAAUAUUGAAAUGUGAUUGACUAAAGGUGGGGAUAAACCGUGGUUUAGACUUAGUUCUUCCAUUAGUUGGUGCACAGAUAUGUCCAAAUCGCUUGGGACACGAUUCAUCCAGUCUCCAAGAACCGCAGCCUGUAAAAAGAACCCUCCUGCAAACUUCGUCCUGCUCUCUACCAGUUAGUCUUAUUCCUUUGUUAGCUGUGAUGUGAUGCAGCUAGUGGUGGUUUCUCAUGGGAGGAUUAUCAUGGUUUCCAACCUUAAACAACCUUGAGUUCAGCAGUUUCAGUUUAAGAGACAUUCCAGAAUUGGAGGACAUUUGCUGUCCCACCCCUAAAAUUUCAAAUAAUCGAAGCACAAAACACUAACUCAUGCACUUGUUGUGUAAAUUAUACUUGUUCUGAGACUAAAUGUAAAUAUAGUUGUAGGAAAAUGUGUUCCAAAAUGUUGUUCAAAAUAACAAAUCGAUCUCAAGCACCCCCUAAAACAAUAUUUUUCUUUUGUCCCACCUUCUUGAUGACAAACUUCCACAUCAAAUAUAACCAUUAAAAAAAAACCUUUAAAUAGCCUUUUUUGUAUGAUAUUGUUGAUAUGUGUCUCUUGUAAUCGUUAAAACAAUUAAUUUCAUCAUCAACAUAUUUUAAAUAAUAGUAAUGAUGCAUUGAAGUUGUGUCCCACAACAUGCGCGCAACCCUGUUACCGAAACCUAUUUAGAAUGGCAGAAGAAGAAAAAUGCUGAGUCACCUGACACAUAGGAAGUGACAUCAUCAAGCCGUAUACUGACACUAUGGGCAGACCAAAGGUAAAUUCUCUCUUCUAUCUUUCAGAUUUUGCCAAUCUUUUAAGCCUUCACUGAGUGUGUCACUCUCACCAACGCAACCCUGUUACUCAUAUUAUCAUAAUAAGACAAAUUAAUUAAAAGUUUUCUUUAUUUAUUAAUAUAACUCAGUCUGUCCUUGAUGCUAACAGUAACAUUACAUUCCUCAGCUAGCAUCUAUUCCUGAAAAAAAGCUAACAUUAGCAUUGAUUUUCAACCCUGUUACUGUAAUUAGAUUAACAGGGUUGCAUUUCCUUCAGACAACUCAUAAGGGACAACCAAUUGUCUAUUGUAAAAUGAAAUGUCUGUAUAAUUUAGCAUAAUUUACUUGUCUUAAAUGUCUUACUAUAUUUUCUGGAAUAUAAAUGACUAUUUUUUUCUUUUAUUACCACCAGGUAGCAAACCACUGCCAGGUGAGAUGUAUGCACAGAGUGGGGGAAAAUCGUUUCUUCUGGCCAUUGAGGGAUGAUCUUCAUUGGUAUCACUGUGAGGAUGUGCUGUCCCUCAUUCCUCCUCCAGAGAAUGUUACCUCACAUCAUAUGGCCAUUGCAAGAGAGGUGUGGGAUGCUCCGGCCAGCCACAAACUUUAAACCUGGACAUCAACUUUCUAUGACAUUGAUCGGUUCAUGACUACUUUUGACAUCCUCAUUCAUUUUUAUAGUUGUCUGCCUACAGUACUACUGUUUUUCAUGUUUGACUAUUGAAUAUUUGAUCAGAUCCAGUUUGUGGUCUUAGUGAGAUGUUGAUGUUGAUGUAUCAUUCCUACUCACUGAUCCUUUAUUGAAAAUAUGUUCAUAUCAUACGUUCAAGCUUGUUAUAGUUACACCUAUAUGAAAGAGAAAGCACCAAAACCUAAUAUUUUAAAUAUGUAAGCAAUUGAAUGAUAGGCAUUGCAGGUUAAUACACAGCAUAAGAUGUCAUUAAACAACAUUCCUGUGGUCCUGAGUAUUUGUUUGUCACAUUUAUGUUAUGAUCUAUAAUAAGAAAUAAUGGAUCCAUUCAACCCUGUUACUGUAAUUUCAACCCUGUUACCAAAUAAUUUUUAUCAAAAAAAAUCUUAAAUGAUUUUCCCAAACUCAUGAGGGUUUGACCUAUUGUCCUUUUAGUGAUUUGAAUGAUUUAAUUUGUAAUGGAUUUGAGCAAAUAUUUGCAAUUUAAUACAAAAAAACAAAACAAACAUGCAAAUAUUGAAAAGUUGGGCAUGCCAGAGUUCAAAAGUUGUUUAAAUUAAUAGAGGUCAAGUCUUAACUGAAAUCAAAUGAUUAUCCAAUGUGAAUGUGGCCUUGUUUACUUAAUGGUAAAGGAUUUAUUAAACAUUUUUUUAAAAAAUAUGCUUUUUCAGGUUCCUGAGUAUUCAUAACAGGGUUGCACUAUGCAUGGCGCACAUCAAAUAAAACAUUUCAUAAAAAAUGUAACUUUAAUGCUUGAGCUGGACGAAUCACAUUAUUUGAUGGCUUACUACCUGGUUUUCUUGAAUACAUGACAGAAAAUUAUAAAAUAAAGGGUAGAUUUUUCAAAGGCGAGGAUGCCUAAAUCGUCCUCCAAUUCUGGAAUGAUCCGUAAUUAAUUUUUACCCUAUAAGGAAAUAGGAGUGCAGCAAAGCCAGUCUCUCUAUCUUUUUGAUGUGUGUGUGUGAAAAUGUAAAAACACUCUUUGUACUGACGUGUGUGUGUGUGUGUGUGUGUGUGUGUGUGUGUGUGUGUGUGUGUGUGUGUGUGUGUGUUCUUGUACUUGCUACAUUGUGAGAACCAUUUUCUGCAUUUAACUAUCAAAGUGAGGACAUUUUUACAAAGUGAGGACAUUUUGGCCGGUCCUCACUUUGAAACAGCCAUGUUUGAGGGUGAAGACUUGUUUUUAGAGAACAGGUAUGAAUUGAGGUUUGGUUAGGGUAAGGGUAAGGAUUAGGGUUAGGCGAUCACUUGUGAUGGUUAAGGUUAGGGUAAGGCUCUAGGAAAUGCAUUACGCCUAUGGAUGUCCUCACUAAGAUAGAAGUACAAACAUGUGUGUGUGUGUGUGUGUGUGUGUGUGUGUGUGUGUGUGUGUGUGUGUGUGUACCAUUUUCUGCAUUUAACUAUCAAAGUGAGGACAUUUUUACAAAGUGAGGACGUUCUGGCCGGUCCUCACUUUGAAACAGCCAUGUUUGAGGGUGAAGACUUGUUUUUAGAGAACAGGUAUGAAUUGAGGUUUGGUUAGGGUUAGGGUAAGGAUUAGGGUUAGGCGAUCACUUGUGAUGGUUAAGGUUAGGGUAAGGCUCUAGGAAAUGCAUUACGCCUAUGGAUGUCCUCACUAAGAUAGAAGUAUAAACGUGUGUCUGUGUGUGUCUGUCUGUGUGUGUGUGUGUGUGUGUGUGUGUGUGUGUCUGUGUGUGUGUGUGUGUGUGUGUGUGUGUGUGUCUGUGUGUGUGUGUGUGUGCAGCUGUAACUUUCCAGCUUGACCUCUCUGUAUCCAUCAUGUAUUUAACCCUUCAGAACCUGGGGUUAACGCUCUCCUUCUCUUCAAGUCAGCACAACUCAUACAUUGAUUACACAAUAAAUGGUUAUUAACAUCAAUACUGUAAUACCCGUAUGUGAUAUCAAUUUCAGUGUUCAGCUAGCAGUGCCUUAAAAAAUAAAACCUAACACUGGAAGUUGUAAGACGACAAGUUUAGCAUUUAAGUGGGAAACCUGGGCUCUGAUCGCAGAAGCAAGAAAAUAAACUGCAGAAAACGUCACAUUUGUGUUUGUAAAUGACAUGAUUUCAAUAUGGAAUGUGGCAGACUGAUUUGUUUGAAAGACCAGCUGCUUCAUCACAAUUAUCCUAAUUACCAAAUUAAUCAAAUAACAUAAGAAGAACAUAAAAACAGUAGUGAGCUUUGAAAUCAAUGUUUCCAGAUGAAACUGGAAAUUUAGGAGUAAAAUCUGACAGAGUUCAGAGUUUAUCUGAUCAGUUUAUUGUUUUCACGGCCUGAUGCCUUCAUGAACACUCAUUGAUCAUCGGUCAGUUUUGCAUCUGAGGUGAAUUUGAAUAAAUCGUUUUAAGUUGUUUUGACUCUCAGCGUCUCUGAACCAAAUGGACUCUAAUGGACUCAGCUGCUCUCACCUGAGGGAGGAAAUAAGCAGGUAUAAAAGGUUUUCCUCUGACUGGACCGGUAGAUACAGUCUGGAUCAGCAGCUCACUGGAAACAGGUGAAAUCCUCGUUUAUUGAUCUAUUGACUCACUAUAUUGAUCUAUUUACUUAUUUAUGCAUAUAUUAAAUAAUUGAUUUUUUCGUCUACUUCUUGAUUUAUUUAUUCACCUAUUUAUCCAUUUAUUUAUUCAUCUAUUUAUUGAUUUUAUUCAUCUGUUUACUGACUGAUUUAUUCAAUGAAUUAUUGAUUAAUUGAUGUAAAUAUUGAUUUCAUUCAUCUCUUUAUUGAUUAAUUUAUUCAUCUACUUACCGACGUCUUAAUCUAUUUAUUGAUUUAUUCAUCUGUUUAUUAAUUUAUUUUUCCAAAUUUUCAUUGACAUAUUUAUUCAUAUAUUUAUUGAUUCUAUUAAUCUAUUUACUGCCUUAUUUGUUCAUAUAUUUAUUGAUUUAUUGAUUGAUCUAUUUGCUGACUUAUUUGUUCAUCGAAUUACUGAUUUAUUGAUCUACUUACUGACUGAUCAAUCUAUUGACUGACUUAUUUAUUCAUAGAAUUAUUGACUAGUUAAUCUAUUGACUGACCUAAUAAGUUUCAGCUCCUCAUUGAUGAUUGAAUAUUGAUUAUUUUAACAGACGUCCUCUUGGUGUCUCAGCUGUCCAUGAUGACGACAAAUGGACUGGUCGUCCUGUUGCUGCUCUCAGGUUCCGUCCUGGUUUGCAACCUCCAGCCUCAAGGCGCCAUCACUCGGUUCCACCACGUCAGUCUGAUGAAGACCUGGACUGAAGCUCAGAGUUACUGCAGGGAGAAGUUCAUCGACCUCGCCACCAUCCCGAGCCAGGCCGCCAACACAGUGGCCCAGAAGGUGGCAGGACACGGACACGUCUGGAUCGGACUCUACAACGGUAGCUGGAGAUGGUCUCAGGAGGGAAAACCGGUCGAAAACUGGUUUCUGAGCAACGUUAAACACAAUGUGGGGUCCAGAAGGUGUGCAGUGCUGGAUACGUACGGAAAGUGGAUGGCCAGAGAUUGUGACGUGCCGGAUCGCUUCGUGUGUUCCACUCUAGACAACAGACAUGUUCUGGUGGAGCGUUACAUGAGCUGGUGGGACGGUCAGACCUACUGCAGGAAGAACCACGUAGACCUGAGCAGCGUCGUGACCACUGCGGACCGCGAAAGCAUCGUGAAGCAGCUGAGGUUGGUGGGAAUGUUAAGUGGGAACGACGCCUGGAUUGGUCUGUACAGAGGUGAAUGGGCAUGGUCCGACGGGAAGAAACUCAUCUACAAGCCGUUGGAGUCCCUGCCUCACUGGGGAUCGGACUGCAUGGUGAUGGACCAGUCCACAGGAACCUGGAGAAGCCAGCCCUGCCAGGACAGACUCUCCUUCCUGUGCUACUCAGUUGUGAAACCUUCAGCGGUGAGUUUGGUGAAGAUUCGAUUGGUUGGAGGUUCUGCAGACCUGACUGACCCGAUGGUGCAAGAAUCCAUACUGCUGCAGCUGAGGAAGCAGCUGGUGGAUGGAGGGAUCCAAGCAGAGGUGAAGUUGAGGUGGAGGAAGCAUCCUGACGGGGAGGUUUUCCACAGAGAGGAGACGUCGCCAUCUGCUGACCAGCAGGAAGACAGCUGCAGGGCAGUUUAGUAUUUAAUCUGUUGUUCGUUUUAGCACACAACACAAAGAUGUAGAACCUGAAGAACAGGUGCAGCAAAUCAGUAGAAGUUUCAGAAAAAGACUAGAUGUUAGAUCAUGAUGUGCUGUAUUUGCUCUGAAUAUGAAUAAAAUGUGGGAAUCUCUGAACCUGA